ACUCGUGAUCCUGUGCUUUAAGCUUGUGAAUCUUGUGAUGAAAGUUAUUUAUUUAAGAUAAUAUUUUCUUCACUAUUUGAUAGAAAAUGUGCUGUAUACCAUUUUAAUUUUCCCUCAACAAUUCAAAGUUAUAUAGGUAAGGAUUUCUCGACAAUCAACAUUGCACCAUGUCAAAUAUUGAACCAGCUCACGAUUUAUUGGAUAAAGUAAUUUUGAGACAACUUGACCUUUUAGAGCAAAAAAUAAAGUGUGAAUUGAACAUAGAAUCUAAUGUUAACAAUGGAAGCAUUCACCUUGCGAAGUCUCGAUACAUUAUGGGACAAAGUUCUGUGAGUACAACCAAAUUACCCACUGAAAGUAGUCCCGAUUUUUCUGCUUCAAUAAUGUGUAAAACAAUUGAAGAAGAUGGAAUGACGAAACUAAAAUUGUACCAAAACAAAGAAAACACUAUAGUUCCACUACAUUGGUUUGGUGUUUUGGUGCCGCAGAACCUGCAUAUGGCGCAAAAAAUAUUUCAAACAACAUUAUCAUAUGUUGUUGAAUGUUCAAAUAUUCAGUUACAACUCAAAGAAAACAUGAAGAACAUAAACGCUCUGAGAAAAUAUUUAAACAUUAUUUCAAAAAGUUAAAGUUUAUUGUAAUUAAUGUGCUUUGUUAAGUUUAUUCUAAUGCAGAUUUCUCUAAUUAAGCUGUUGCAAAUAAAUUAUUGUUAAUUUACAAUAAAAUCAGCAUUGAGUAAUAUUGUGUAAAUAUGUUUUGUUCUUAUUAAACCUUUUAAACAAGCAAUUAUUA